GGGUAACGACUCUUUCUUCCGGGCUGGGCACCGGUGCCCUGCUUCCUGGCCUCGCUUUGCAGCAAAUAGCCGAUGUGCCCUGGGCAUAUGCAAAACACAAAGCAAACGCCCCCGUGACUCAGAAGGCAUGGAGGCAGGCUCUAACCCCUGCAGAAGCUGCGCUCAAGCUGUAAUUUUGAGGAUGUGCAAAUAAGAAAGGCCUCUUAAAGUAGUGGAGAAGAGGAAGUCCCUUGGGAAGUGCAUGUUGAGAGCCUCUAAAUGCAAUGAGACCGCUGCUGGGGUCCUGACACCCAGCCCGGUGCUCCCAGUUGUGGCUUUGCUGCUGGCGGCGGAGUCACCGGCUGCUGUGGGUAUCGCUGCCCAGAGUGAGACCGUUGUGAUCGGGGUCUGGGAGGUGGCAGCGGGGGGAAGAUGGCUUCCAGGCCACGGAGGCGGAUGGCUCACGGGCCACCACGGAAUUAAGGGACUUCUUCGCCAAAGCCCGAAAUGGCUCGGUUCGGCUCAUCAAGGUGAUCAUUGAGGAAGAACAGCUUGUUUUGGGAGCGCACAAGGAGCUGGCCCGGCGCUGGGACAUGGACUAUGAUGCCUUUGUGCUGCCCUUGCUGGACGAGCAGCAGCCAUGCUAUGUGCUGUACCGCCUGGACAGCCAGAACGCCCAGGGCUACGAGUGGCUCUUCAUCUCCUGGUCCCCUGAUAACUCCCCGGUCAGGCUGAAGAUGCUGUAUGCUGCAACCAGAGCAACGGUGAAGAAAGAGUUUGGAGGGGGGCACAUAAAGGAUGAGAUGUUUGGAACAGUUAAGGAGGACGUGUCCCUAAGCGGGUACCAGAAGCACGUAUCAUCCUGCUCCGCACCGGCCCCGCUGACCGCAGCUGAGCAGGAGCUCCAGCAGAUCCGCAUCAAUGAGGUGAAGACGGAGAUUAGCGUGGAGAGCAAGCACCAGACCCUGCAGGGCCUGGCCUUCCCCCUGCAGCUGGACGCGCAGCAGGCUAUCCAGGCGCUGAAGCAGAAGAAAAUCAACUACAUCCAGCUGAAGCUGGAUCUGGAGCGGGAGACCAUUGACCUGGUGCACACGAGCCCCACAGAGAUCGCUGACCUGCCCAAGAGGAUCCCGCAGGACUCGGCUCGCUACCACUUCUUCCUGUACAAGCACUCUCACGAGGGAGACUACCUGGAGUCUGUUGUGUUCAUCUACUCCAUGCCUGGGUACAAGUGCAGCAUCAAGGAGCGCAUGCUCUACUCCAGCUGCAAGAGCCGGUUGCUCGACACCGUGGAGCAGGAGUUCUGUCUGGAGAUAGCAAAGAAGAUUGAGAUCGACGAUGGCGCUGAGCUGACGGCGGAGUUCCUGUACGACGAGGUGCACCCCAAGCAGCAUGCCUUCAAGCAGGCCUUCGCCAAGCCCAAGGGGCCCGUGGGGAAGCGGGGACAGAAGCGGCUGAUCAAAGGGCCAGGAGAGAACGGCGAGGACAGUUAGAUCCGGAUGAGGCAGGGACGGGUGGUGAACGGACAGCAUCCCCCUGACGUUUCCCAGCUUCCACCCCUCCGUUCCAGGCCUUUCUGCUGACCUGGGGAUCUUUCCCUCCAUCUCAGCAUUCCCCUGCCCUUCUUUUCCCUUUUUCAUUCCUUACUGAGCAUCAGGACGGGCUGUUUCUCCCGGCGCAGAGCGGUGGGAUGGGGACAGGCUGUAGGUGUUUGUGUUUCUUUCUCCGUGUCCUUGUGCAAGCCUGGGGGCAACACAAGCCUGGGGAAGCACGGCAGCAUCAGGACCAUGUCCCCGGCCUACUCUGGUUCCACCUGGGACCGCAGCUUUCCCUUGGUUUACCUGUGCUGAGGGAAGGACUCACUCAUCUGCAAGCUGCUCUAUGCAAAGGAAGGAGAUGGCACCCGGCGUUGAUUUCACAGCAGAUAACAUUAAAUGCUUCUUUCCCUCCUCCCUCUUCCUACAGCCUUUGCUAAGCAAAGCCCCACUGUGCAAGCCCUAUGGCUGCCUAAGCCUUGCCAGGCUGCAGCUCAAACCCAUCCCUCGAGGGGGGACUUGGCUGCUGCAGCCAUGGCGCCUGGCAGGAGCAUUUGUCCCUGGUGAGAGACAGCCCCGUGUUCUAUCUGGAUUUGCCUUUUGGGGAGUACAGAUGCUUCCCCCUUCCCCUCUCACUCCCAGCUGUCUUACAGGGCAACCUUAGGGCCAGGGCCCUGGAUGUGCAAGCAGCAGCUGCCUGGUUCCUGAUGCUGCUGUUGGCUUCCAAUACAGCCACUCCAUGCUGCUCCCACCCGGCUCUAGGUCCUUGUGCCUCCUGGGCUGGGCUGGCUGUGAAGCCCCAUGGGUCUGAGCCUGGUCCUCGGGGCCGGCGGGGCACAGGGAUGUGGUUCAAUGGGUUUUGAAGCUAGUUUCUCAUGGGCGUGGGAGGAGGAAGGGCAGCACCCAGCUCUGCUUCCGUCCUGUCUUGGCACAGGACAAGGUGUGAGCUCCACUUGACCUUGGUGAAAGGUUUCUGGGCCUGUUGGCAAUGUUUGGAUCCCCUUUCUGACCCUCCAAGGACUGCCUUUUUCCUUGGAGGGAGCUGUUACAGCCUUGCCUCAGCCUCGUGGAUGGGUUAGGGGCAGGAGCCAGAACCCAUUCCAUGCCAUCCCUGUCCCCUGUGCUGUCUGUCAUUGUACUUCAUCCUCCCCCAUUUGCUUCAUCCCUAUCCCUGUGCUUUAUCAGCAGAGGGAUGUCUCGGUGUUUGUAGUGUGAUUGCAAGGCAGGGGCUGGGGCUGGCCUGACUGCUCCUUUAAUUCUGCGUGUUGUCAUCUGUGGGAUGAACCUCUGGUCCAGGCCGGCACCCAGGGGCUGGGGGGGGUGGCUGGACAUUGCCACUUGCAAGGAAAGGAGGUGGGAAAUGGGAUAAAGCCCUGAGCCCUGGAAAGGCCACCCAGCUACCACCUCUCCUGAAAAUCCUGUGGGCUGCCCCAAAUCCUGGCACGGGGAAGGCCGCCGCCAAGGGAGGGCCAGCUGGGGUUUGGUUGUGCUCAUAGUGUGGAGGACAUCGCUGGCCACCAAGGGCUGUCCCCAGGGGCUGAGUUUGGCGCUGCGGAUUUGGCUUUUCUAGAGGAUCUGGGGAGGAGAGCACCUUGCUGCUGGGUACCAGCGAGGUCUGCUUCCCCCACGGCACCGGGCAGUGGUAACACCAGGGCUGCCCCUGCCCUUCCCCACUCACCGGUGAAUGUGCCGAUGUUGCCUUGACCGUGUUGGGGUGCCCCAGCGAGGGGGGGGGGGGCUGCGAAGCCUGGGGGGAGCGGAGCACACUGUACUGAAUGCUGUAUUUUCUAAAGAAUAAAGUAUUUUUAAAACAG